GACUUUACACAGAUGUGUUUCAAGCGUGAUCGGUUGAGGCGGUUGGUCUCCGUUCGCGCAGUGGGAUCAACUUCUUUCAGAGGAUCUACCGUCUCCUACUCGGACACCUUGAGUUCAAUGUAACAGUUAUCGUAAGCAGUGUAGGUCAAGGUGAUCGGGGAGUUACUUUGUUGGAGAAUUGAACAUAUUUAGACGGGGUUUUAAACGCAGAAGAAAAUGCCUGUAGCUUCUCUCCUGCCUUUCACGGUCACUCCGAAUAGGAAGUCCACCAGCCCGACCUCCUUCAGGCUCACGGAGAAAUUCAUCUUGCUUUUAGUGUUCAGCGCCUUCAUCACCCUGUGUUUCGGAGCUAUCUUCUUCUUGCCGGAUUCCUCGAAGCUGCUCAGCGGAGUUUUCUUCCGUUCGUCCUCGGUGGAGGCAGAGACGCGUACAGGUACGGUCAGUGACACAAGCACCGGGACGGGCAAGGAUGAGAAGAUCCUGGCCAAGAUCAGAAAAGACCACGAAAAGGCGCUGAUUGAGGCCAAGGACACCCUACAGAAAGGGCCGAACGAGAUCAAGCAGGACAUCAACAGCGACAAAGAGAAACUUGCGCUAAACGGACAGGGGAAGGGAGCGAAAGCUGACAGUUUGCCGUUCGUUCAGUAUGAGCGGCCGCCUGGAGCAACAGGGCACGAGCCCGCGGAUCCUGACAUUAAAGCGAAAAGAGCCAAGAUUAAAGAGAUGAUGCAGUUUUCUUGGGACAAUUACAAGCGCUACGCCUGGGGCUCCAACGAACUGCGUCCCAUCUCUAAACAAGGCCACUCCAGCAAUUUGUUUGGUAGUCUCAAAGGAGCCACCAUUGUGGAUGCACUGGACACGCUCUACAUUAUGGAGAUGUAUGACGAAUUCGAGGCUGCUACCGAGUGGGUGGACAGGAACCUAGACUUUAACAUG